AUGGCCAUCGAAGACUAUCCUGAAGUCCAGCCCACCCGUAUCCAAUCGGCAUCUCCACAGACACCUCCCUCCAGCCAAGAACAAACAGAAACACCAAAAGACAAAAAUCCCCGAUCAAAGCGUGCAAAAUGGGCAUGUCACGCCUGUCACAAACGAAAAGUGCGCUGCGACGCCCUUACCCUAAACCACGGCACACCAUGCACGAACUGCAAACUCGACAUGAAAGAAUGUGUCGCGCCGCUGGCGAGACAAAGACAUAAACCCAGACCUCGCAGACCGAGGAAUCAGAACCCAGAGAUGCGCAAUGUCUCGUCGCAUCCGCCUCACACGGAUCUGUCUGCUCUGUCCGGAGACCACGCACAAUUCAGUGACACCAGCGCUGGCUUGUCGCAAAAAGCAAGGAGGAUGUCACACAGCGGGUCUACACGUUCUGCUCAGACUAUAAGACAUCGACCCCAGAUUGACCGAUUAUUAAAUCGCGGUGAGGAGGUCGCUCGAUGGAUGGAGCUGAUGUCGCCAGACGUUCGGAGCCGAUUACAGGACAUCUCGAGAGGCGAGCGGGCUAAACCUGGUAAAUUCGGUAUUCGGCAGUUUCACGAUAAAUGCUUGGAGAAAUUGAUGCAGGCUGCGGAUAUUUUGGCUGAGGUUAUUAUCUUGCAUAACUCGCUGUCAACGUAUACGGGAAUUCCGAACCCCGGGGACAAUAUUCUCGAAGAGCAUGACGAUCAUGUUGACUGUGGGAAUAUGUCUGAUGAUAUGAAUAGUGAGGAGAGCAUGGGGUAUGGAUCACCUGCUACGGCUACGUCUUUUGUUGGUGGACAGAGCGUCGAUACGGAGGGAACGAUGGAAGGGAGUGUGGCUUUGACUCCUGAGACGCUUGAAUAUGUCUCUGCGUCAAAUUAUAAUCUCUUUUUGGAUUUGAAUGGGUUUGAUUUGGAGAAGCCUUCGUUGGAUGGUUGUGUGGAGAGGGUUAUGUCUUGA